UUUAAAACACAAACUAGGGAUUGACAAUUUGACAUUGAACAAAAAGGGCAAGAAGAAUGUCUGAAAAAGUAGAUUCAACCAAAAAGGGGAUUCAUUUCCACAAAUUGCGAUGAUGCUUUCUCAAACAUAAUGGAAGCCAAAAAACUGGAUCUGGUAAUAUCACAUUCAGUAUCUUCAAAGAUGAAGGUUCAGAAAGACAAGCUGCAACUCCAACUGUACCUGAAAGAUCUCUUAAACUAACCACAUAUCUUGUAAUGGAUGCAAACAAGAGGAUCUUGAUUGAAGAAUGACAUAGAUUAAGUACCAAGAAUUCAUCUUCACCCUUUCUUUUUGGUACAGAGGGUACCUAAACGUGCGCACACAUCAGAUUUGUCAACUUUGAGCAAAGCAUCAUUCAUGGGCUCAUGGCACCUCUCAAUCUCUUAUCAUCUUUAGCAUCAUAGAAGCAUUUACGUCUCUUCGAGUCAUUUACAUAGAAGCAUUUGUGAGUUUUGCCCAAAUCGAGCCAGAGUUGUCUCGUUUCCAAUCAUCACCUUGAAAAUCUCACUUAAUAAGGAACUGUACUUAUCUCCGAUUCUCUCUUGGAUUGCUCUGACUUGUCCUUUAUAAAGUGAAAUCAGAAUUCAACAUCGCUGGCGGCAUAAAAGAUUAAAACAAAUAACGCAAUUCAUAUAUAAAAAUAGGAAUCCCUUUCCCGCCGAAACAGCUUCCUUCUCGGUCCCAACCUCGAUUCUCGGCAUAUUUACGCCAAGCGCGCUCGUUUUGGUCAAUGGCGCUGGUAAGGCGUUCGACGAAAUGCCUAGCAGAGGAUUUGAUCUCUUGCAUAGCUCUAUGGUCAAUGGGUUUGUACUGAAUUAAAAGAUUUUCACAAAGCUCUUGCACGGUUCUGGGAGAUGCAGAUAUCUGGAUUCAAAUCAGAUUAGGUUGCAAGUCCCCGAUCUCUUUUUUUUUUUUCAAUGCAUCUUUUUGGCUGUGAUUCAGGAUUUCAAGAACCAUGUCAAGAGUAAAUAUGCUUAAGAAUUCGUUUACAAAUGGAGAAAAUGACCCCCUGGUUUCGUGAUUGUGGGUUUUGAUGCCAAUAGUCAACGCAAGCUUUAGUUUAGUUGUGAGAAAUGCAAUAAUUAAAGGUUUAAGCCUAUCAAUUGGAACCAUGGAGGUCUACUUGAUAUUACCAAAACGUGACAAGGGGUAAGAGAAUCUCUACUGCAAGUCUGCAAUUGAACAUUGUGAAGGCAUGGUUGAUUUGUAUACCGAGGAUGGGAGAUAUGAAGCGUAGCAAGGCAACUUUACUUGAACAUUUUCUGGUGAUGUUCUCACGAUCGAGCACCUGUGUUGUGAAGGCAUGGUUGAUUGGUAUACCGAGGCUGGGAGAUAUGAAGUACAUCGUUCGGGGUGUUUUUGAAGCAGAGGAAUAGGUUCUGCUCUGAUAAGUAGGCACAUGUGAGAGUAAUCAGAGAGAGUUGUGCACGUGCAUAACAGUCUUAUUAAUGAGUUUAGCCUAUAAAUAGAGAGGAGAGACUGUGGAGAGGGGAUCACGCUAGCCUAUAAAUAGAGAGGAGAGACUGUGGAGAGGGGAUCACGCUAGCCUAUAAAUAGAGAGGAGAGACUGUGGAGAGGGGAUCACGCUAGCCUAUAAAUAGAGAGGAGAGACUGUGGAGAGGGGAUCACGCUAGCCUAUAAAUAGAGAGGAGAGACUGUGGAGAGGGGAUCACGCUAGCCUAUAAAUAGAGAGGAGAGACUGUGGAGAGGGGAUCACGCUAGCCUAUAAAUAGAGAGGAGAGACUGUGGAGAGGGGAUCACGCUAGCCUAUAAAUAGAGAGGAGAGACUGUGGAGAGGGGAUCUUGCGUGAUCAUUGAUGUGUAAAGAGGAAUUAGAGCUUAUGUGCUCUGUUCUUAGGUGAUGAGAUGGAGAACUGUAACUCCAAGAUUAUCAAUUACAGUGAGUAGAGCUAAGACAGAAGAGUUUGUAUGUUCAAUCUUAUCAAAUGGUGCGGUGAGCGUGGAUCGCGACCUUCAGAUGAUCGUGUGUGAUCAUUGUGUAAAGUGUGUGUAACAAACCUGCGUGUUUGUUAGGGUUCAGAGCUGCGUCUCUGAUCAGACGAUGAGAUAGUGAGAACUGUAACUCACAAUCUUAUCAAAUGGCGCGCUGAAACUGUGAUCGGAGGUUCAACGCGAGAGUGGAGAAUUGGGGUUUUGUAAAAUCAAGAGCAGCAAGUUAAAAGAUGGUGAUGGAGUUUGGGUUAUCACCGAUUCGCGAAUUGUCGGCAUCGAAGCAACAAGAAUCUUCGCUGUCCGACGUCUACGAUUAAUUGAGUGAGGUACGAAACUCGGAAGCUAAGAUGGAAGCCAGAGUCGAGUCGUUGGGUUCGCAGAUGGGGUCCAAGAUUGAGUCUUUGCGUAACGUCAUGAGGGUUUGAGAUCAGAAAUUGGGGGAUCUUGGAAGGAAAUUGGAUAUGGUUCUCAAUUCUUUGCCCAGAAUCGAUACGGUCCGUGAAGUGGGCGGAUCACACAAGGAGAAGAACCCCUCUGAAGAGAAGCAAUUGAUUCAACAUGAAGACUCUGUUAGAGUGAAGACAUUAUGUCAGCAUCAGGAAGUUAUUGGUGAAACAGAAUCGAGCUUAACCUUCUCAAUGAUUGAUUCUAGUCACAAAAAAGAAUCAGUAACUUCAAACUUGGCAACAAAUGGUGUUCUCCAAUCACAGAAAGUUGAGAAUUCAGUCUUGGAGGAUCAUCGAGAUGCAUCCAUGGAUCAAUAUCAGUCACAACCUGAACUAGUUUCUGAUGCUUUACACUCUGGUUUUUGCAUUGAUAUAUUGAAAACUCAACAAGAAGGGGUAUUAGAAGUUUCAGAAUUGCUUAUGUGUUAUGAGAAGUCGUCAGAGGUCAAGACUAAUGAUGUUACAUUCCAACAGCUCGACAUAAUGUCUCUUCAAAGGCAUGAAUUACAUCAGCAGAGAGAUAGCGUGUGUUUAGUGGGUGAUUGGAAUUCUUUCUUUUCGGUUUGGCAUCAUUGGCGAAACAGGGACUUGUAUCAGUUUCGCUGGCUGAAUCAGCAAUCUCUGCAACAAAUUGAGGAGUAUACAGUUGCUGAAGACCAUUACAUAUUCAUAAGAAGAAGGUAUAUCAAGUUGUUACGCCUACAACAAUGGGUAGCAAUUUUGCACACCUACGGGAAACAAAGACUAGGAGAUUUCAGUCAAUCUUCUCUACUAGUUGCUGCAACACUUUGGAGUACAAUGAUAAACCGAGGGAUUGUGAGUUACCAUUCUUGGCACCGUUGGAAAGCUAGGUAUUUGCAGAAUUUUGAGUAUAAGUUUGACGCUGGAUCAAAACAGAAGUGUGUUGGCAACAUUACGGCAAAACAGAGUUAUGAAAGGAAGUUUAUUGGCUUGUACUCAGCAUAUGGGGAAAGGAACGUCUAUUAUUCUGUGUGGCAUUGUUGGAGAAAGAAGAAUCUGCAGCUCAUUAAUCUGAACAAUGGAUGUUCAGAGCCACAAAGUCCGGACCUGCACUUUCAUGGAGUCACUUACUAUGGUACAGAAGAUGAUUGUGCGUGCAGCAGCUCUGCCAUGGCAGGAAUGGUCGUCUUCUUUGCUUCCGUGUCAAUCCCAUUUGCUCUUUCACAGCUUGAGGACAAGCUGUCGUCAAACGGGGGAGUAUUGAUAAGUAGGCACAUGUGAGAGUAAUCAGAGAGAGUUGUGCACGUGCAUAACAGUCUUAUGAAUGAGUUUAGCCUAUAAAUAGAGAGGAGAGACUGUGGAGAGGGGAUCCUGCGUGAUCAUUGAUGUGUAAAAAGGAAUUAGAGCUUAUGUGCUCUGUUCUUAGGUGAUGAGAUUGGAGAACUGUAACUCCAAGAUUAUCAAUUACAGUGAGUAGAGAUAAGAGAGAAGAGUUUGUAUGUUCAAUCUUAUCAUGCUCUCCAUGCUUAUGGGGCCGCUCAUGAAGUUUUGGUUCACUUCUAAAAAUGCAAGGAGAAGGGUUAUAAAUCCGAUGCAUUUACCAUCACCGAAGUCUGGCUUAGAACGAUAGAGAUUGGUGAUUGGGUGCACAUGUUCAUGGCCUGUGUCAGAGCGAUUAUAUCUACAAUGUCCUUGAGCUUCAUUCUUCUGAUUUGGGAUCACAUGGUUGUGUUGUUGAAACACUUGCUUGGGAUACAAGGAUUAAGGUGUGGGACUAUCAUAUCCCAUUUUCUUUUGAAAGCAUCUUGGAACUGCCACCAAUGGUGCAAGCCAGGUUAGAAAAUUAUCUAGCUCUAUACUAAAUUACUGAUGGAUUCAUUAGCUGAUUCGAGGUAAAUGGCUGAUGUACCCAUUAGCUCCAUUGACUUUAACAUCCCAGUUUUUUUCCAAGACUUUGUCAUUCCAUUAAGCGAUAGUAUUUAUAUAAGCUA